AUGAACAAAGAGGAUGAGUUUAUCAACACGCUAGAUAAGUGUGAGGAAAUUUUCCUGAAUAUAUUACUUAAUGAUGUUACCCUACGUAAUGCUAGUAUGUCUGCUGAAAUGAGAGCACGAGUAUACCAUGAAAAUGACUGGGAAAGUGAUGAUGAUGUUGGGGAAGAAGGAAAACCUAAGUACAUGGUUCAUGAACCAAACAUCAUAUGGGACAAGAUGGAACUAAAUCUUGGUGAUAUAUUGGAAUCCCCUAAGCAACUAAAAUUUUGUAUUGCAAAUUAUGUUGUGUCUCAUAGGUAUCAGAUAUAG